AUGGUUUCAAUUAGAUCCAUACUAAAAGUUAUUUAUGCUGCAGAACAAGCCGAAGGUGUCGGCGCAAGAGUUCGGAGAUCCAUUGGUGUGCCAGGUAUGAGGAACUUUACACCGUUUUUAAUGCUUGAUCAUUUCAACGUCUCUCCGACUGCUGGCUUCCCCGAUCACCCACACAGAGGACAAGAAACGGUUACCUUGAUCAUGAAAAAUUAUAUGUUACAUGAAGACUUCACUGGCGAGUCGGGUGUUUUGAGGCCAGGUGAUUUGCAGUUUAUGACUGCCGGCAAAGGUAUUGUGCAUUCAGAGAUGCCAUAUAGCGAGGACAACACAAACGUAGAGGGUAUGCAGUUAUGGGUGGACUUGCCUAAAGAAUUGAAGCAUAGUGCUCCUAGGUACAGAGAUUUAAGGGCGGAAGAAAUCCCUAUAGUGAAACCCAACGACAAGGUUGAAGUUAAGGUCAUUUCAGGUAAGUCCUAUGGUGUUGAAUCAGUUAAAGAGUUGGCAUACACGCCCAUAGAUUACUAUUGGUUUACAGUCCUCCCAGGUGGCGAGUUUGAACAGGAAAUAAAACCAGAGUUCAAUGGGUUCCUGUAUGUCUUAAAUGGCCAAGUGGAACUAGAAACACAGUCCAAACCGGAACUUAUCAAUGAACAUCAUAGUGUAUUUUUUAAAAGAGAUGGCGAUUACAUCCGUGGAAGAGUACCAGCCUCCUCCAAGAAGACCGAUUUUGUUUUCAUUGCAGGCCAAGCUUUAGACCAACCAAUUGUUCAGUAUGGACCCUUUGUAGAAACUUCGAAGGAGGAAAUAUACAAUGCUUUCAACGAUUACCAAUCGGCCACGAACGGGUUUGAAAAUGCAAAGGGAUGGGCCUCUGAUAUCGGCUCAGGUGUCAGUAAAUCGCUCUUCAGAACAAAGUCGAAUACCAUGCUGGACCAAGGCAUACGUCUUGAAGCAGAUCCACAAAGUUUAAAAGUAUUUAAAAAGGAUGAAUUGUAG